UUUAUUUCAUAAGUAAAAUUUAUGUAUUAUUAUUUUUGGGAUUACUUGCCUAAUGAAAGAUUAGUCCUUUAUAACGACCUCCACGAUUUGGCUCAGUACUCGCAUCGCAGCCGUCCGACCUCCCUGCGCACCGUCGCCCUCCGGUGCUCGCCUCCGGUCCCUUAAACGACGAACCUCUCCCCGCCGCCUCCGCCAGGUCCGUUCUCUGUAGAUAAUGAACAGAGGAGGGGGAGCAGGAGCAGGACUAGGUAGUGGGAGUGGGCCCACGGCUGCAGCAGCAGCUGCAGCUGUCCAGAAGCAGAGGGUGCUCUUACAAAGAGUUGAAACCGACAUUGGCCACAUUGUCGACAAUUUCAGUCAGCUUGUGAAUGUCGCCAGAGUGAAUGACCCUCCGGUCAGAAACUCACAAGAAGCUUUCAUGAUGGAGAUGCGCGCAGCAAGAAUGGUUCAAGCGGCUGAUUCGCUGCUGAAAUUGGUAUCGGAGCUGAAGCAGACUGCCAUAUUUUCGGGAUUCGCAUCUCUGAAUGACCAUGUCGAACAGAGAAUCGUUGAGUUCAACCAACAAGCUGAAAAAUCGGAUCGAACAUUGUCUAGAAUUGCCGAGGAGGCAGCUGCCAGUCUCAAAGAGCUUGAAUCUCAUUACUACUCUUCGUCGCAGAGGACGACUCAUCCCACAGAAUCUUAUUGGAACAUGGCCGCGAUCUUGUGUAUUCUGGGAUUAUUUGGACUUGUUACUUUUCUUGAAGCUAACAACAGCUAUGUACAUUAUAUCGAGCUUCUAGGUAUUCUUUAAUUUUAGUUUUUAAUUAUAUGCU